AUGGCGCCACAUGGGCGGCCACUCAGAGCGCCAGUGUGGUACGCCAGCUGCAAGCUGCAGGCGGCCGGCCUGUGGUGCGGGCGGCGGGCGGCCGUUCGGCCUCGGGUCGCCGCGCUGGACGGCGGCCCGCCCCCGACGCUGUGCGCCGGCAGGUGUCGAUUGGCGGAACCAACGGGCCUAACCACCCUGCCGCACCACCAAACGCACCCAGCAAAACCACACGUGGGGGCGGCGCCGCAGGCGGCCGCAGGGCGCAGCAUGCAAGCGCAGCAGCAGGGCGGGCGCAGCAGCAGGCGCAGCGCCCAGGCGCAGGCGGCGGGCCGUUCUUCUUGUUGUCAGCAAGCACACCAUGGGCGCAACGCGACCACCCGGGCCCCGCGAGCCCGGCCCGCCGCCGCACCCGCACCGCAGAACCACAUGAAUGUAACUGCGGCCGGCCCGGCCAGUGCGAGCUCGCCGGGCCCCGGCCGUCUCGGCCAGCCUCGGGCCAAGCACGCGGGCCCGCCGGUCAGCCCGGCGCCAAGCGGGCGGGUCCCCGCGGCCCGCCGCGGCCCGCACGGGGCGGGGCACGGGCUCAGGGCGCCGGGCGCCGGCCCGCAGAGGCGCCCGCCCCCAGCAGCGCGCCCACGGCGGCGCGGCGCCGCCUGCCAGCCCGCUCCUAACCCCUGGAUGCGCAGCCAGUUCGCGUUUCAAUCACGUGUAUUCAUCUUUUGA